GCUGGGGACCCCCACAAAAGCCACCAUACGGAUCUUGACAACGCUUGAGGAAAUCAGCCGUUUGAGCGUAUUCUUCCCCACCUAGUUGUACGUUUAACAUUUCAAGACCAUGUAAUAUCCAGUAGCAUAGCCAAGGUCGACUGGCGUCCAAACAUUCGUAACUUUGAGAGAGAUCGUGAAGGCCUCUCUUGAGGUACUGAACAUGCUUCUGGCGAUACAGUGAUAGGUCGGGAUCAAGAUUGGAGACUCGCAUGUAGGCUAAAUAAUUUCUUGCUACCGAGUUUUCCACCUUUUCUUGUUCUUCGGAGGUUAUAGUCGUAAGACCGUCAUCUUUAAAGCGCAGAUCUUCCACUGAUUUAGCCGAGUGGUAGGCCAUUGUAACUUGUGUUGCGAUACUAGAUACCAGUUUUCUCGCUGUAGUGAAAAUGGGCACGAGAGCCAGUCUUUGUGACGUAAGGAGAUAGCCAUAUAUGGCGAGACAGAAAAAACAUACACUAGGGUGGCGCGCAGUUUGCAUCAGCUGUUGGUGUUUCAUGCCUUUAAUGUACACCGGGUUAAAAUUUACGAAAUGUCAGCUCUGAGAGGAAUACAUAAGCAAAGGAGUCUUGAGUCGAUGAGCUCUUCUUUUACUGCCGUUUUCACUUCGGUUCGUGCGCAACAAAACGAAAAAGCUGUGAAACUUGCGUUCUAUAACACGGCUGCUCUGGUUUUCGUGUCCCUUAGUGGAUGUGCUGCAGUUGCAGUUUAUUAUGUUUUAGAACCUUUCUUACGUCCUCUGCUAUGGGCUGGGCUGUGUGGCGCUUUUUUAUAUCCUUUUAAGUGGAAAUUGACGCAGAUAGUUCGAGGAUUUCUUCGUUCUUUGCGAGAAUCUCACACUCCAUUAGUGCUUGGUGCAAUGGUGAUACCUUUUCAGUUGGCCAACAAAUCGUCAGACGUAGUUGGGUCUUUUGUCGUACGAAGGAGCCGUAUUUUUGCCAUAUUUUGCCUAACUGCAGUUAUUGCCUAUGUUUUGUACAUUAUUAAGCCAUUUUAUGAGAUUGUGUGGAUUUUAAAGGGAUCUGGAACAGCUGUUCAUGGCCUUUUGGACUUCUUUUAUAAUCCAUAUCUGGUCUGGACUGUUAUAAUUGGUUACAUUUUAAGUCUGAUAUUCCUCUGGACACCAAGCUCCUCUGGGGUCAUCUCAAUGUUUUCUCUUCCUGUGUGGAUUAUGUUUCUGCUUCAUCUUGUAUCACUCACUGGAUCUUACAGGAUUCUAUUUUUUAUGCUUCUUGUAAUCUGUUCAGUUGUUGGAUGUAUUACAGGAGUCUCAGAGGGGCAAGAUCAAGUUGAUAGUAAGAAAGUUGGGGAAAGUAAAAGACAUAAUCUUAUGAGACGCCUGUCAGUGGCAGCUGCUGCUCUGGUUACCUCUUUGCCAACCUCAGAUUCUAAUGAAUCCUAUAAUAAGGAUAGCAGAGGGUCAUCUACAAGCCUUACUACACCUCCGUCAGCCACAUCCCCCAAUAGUGAUGAAAAUGGUCAGGAUUCUGUAGACGGAAAAGUCUCUUCAAAGCUUCGAAGGGCUAAGAUUUGGAGACCAAAGCAGUCAAUUAAGAUUAAAGAAGAAGCAAAUUGUGAGGGAAAAAGUCAUGUUUAUUUUGUGGCUCUUUUCUGGGGAAUUUUUCUCUCAAGACUGUGGCUUCAUUGGGACUUUAUUAUGAUUUUCAUAAUACCAGUCACACUGUAUGGUUUAAAGCAGCUUCUGGCUUACUGGAGCUCCUCAAUCUGUUCAAGUUCUCCAGCACUCUAUCUUCAUUCUCUAUGGAAAAAUUUCAAAAGUUGGACUGAUGAGAGGAGACCAGCAUUGGUUCCAACCCCACUUAAUGGAUUGUUCAAAGGAGGAAUGAAAGUAGAUCGUGCUAUCAACAACAUAAUGGACAAAUCAAUGGAAAACAUAAUAAGUAUCUUUAUGGUGCUGUUCCUUUUUGUGGCAUUCUCUGUCAUCACAGCCUUUUUUGCAGUGAAGGUUCACCAUGAGAGUGCACAACUGGUGUCUGUAAGUGCCAACUUAGUGAACAAAGUGAUGGCUGACAAUCCUCAGCUUGUCAACUGGAUUCAGGAAAAUGAGGAACUGAAGAAAACAUUGGGAUCAACUGUGGAGAGAUCAUACAUGCAUGGAAGAAAGUACAUUGCUGCCAAGGUUCAGUCCAUGUUUGGUGACAGCAAUUCCAGUGCACUCCAAGAGGAAGUGCUAGACUUUACUGAUCACAUUUAUCACUCAUGGAUUAAUUGGGGUAAUACUUCUACAACAAAGGAAUUAUCAAAGAAUGGAACACUUACAACAGACAUACCAAGCCACAAUAACAUGAGUGCAGCUAUCUCCUGGAAAAAUGUCAUGCACAUUUUUAAUGUGUUUGAUUUUCGAGUAUCUUUCUCCUUGAUCAGAGAAAAUCUUGGCACUCUCAUUUCUCUACUGGAGUCUGUUUGGAUGUUUUUCAAGGGAAACAUCAGUUUUGCCUUUAACCUUGUUACUACAAUGUUGUCCAUUGUGUUCUUCAGCGGUGCAUACCUUCUGAACACUGGCAUAUCAAUGAUUAUUUUUGUCACUGCAUUGUUUUACCUGUUGAGUACCUCUGGUGAACAGUACAAGCCUGUUGAGUGGUUUGGCAAACUUACAGCAACUGGUACAUCUGGGUUUGGAGAUUCUGCUUAUGGAGCCAUCAGGGAUGUAUUUGGAGCAGCCAUUAAAAUGGCAGCCUUUUAUGGUGUCUACACCUGGUUGACCCACACCACAUUUGGUGUUAACAUUAUAUACAUCCCAUCAGCAAUCGCAGCCAUUACAGCCGUUGUUCCGUUUAUUGGCACUUAUUGGGCAGCAGUACCAGCUGUACUUGAAUUGUGGUUAAUCCAGGGACAAGGAAUAAUGGCAGCUGUGUUAGCAGUCUGUCAUUUCUUACCCACGUACUUUGUAGAUGUUGCCAUCUACAGUGAGAUCAGUGGUGGAGGUCACCCUUACUUGACUGGUUUAGCUGUGGUUGGAGGUAUCUAUUGUGUUGGGCUGGAGGGAGCCAUCAUGGGACCAAUAAUACUUUGUUGUUUGAUAGUCGCAUUCAAUGUGUACAGCCGUAUGCUUGGUCACAGCAGUCCUGUACCUGAUCCAGAAGUUCCAUCAGCCACAAGUGACAUGCAACAAAGUACACAACACUCACAGCAUAAAGAUGAUCAAGAGGGAAGUGGCAAGGCUCUGACAGUCUCUUAGAUCAUAGCAGGAAGUUAUCAAUUUUAAUUAAUAAAGAAUGUUAACAUAAUAUGAUGUUAGAGUACUUUAAAUUUUGAGAAUAAACAUUGAAUAAAAUCAUAACUAUGAUAUAUGCCAGAAAAUAUUGCAGAUCUACAAUAACGGAUCAAUAAAUCAGCUAUGAAUGCUUUAACUCCUAUGAGUGACCAAGACAGAAUGUCUGUACAAUAUCAGGCAAACAUGAUGAAAGUGAUGAAAAUGAAGAAAAGUAUCAAUUAAGGGAUUAUUAGUUGAUCCUAAACCAAAUUCCCAAAACUGACCACAUCAGUAUUGUAUGGUAGGCAGUAAGGAGAAUUGCUAUUAAGAUCUUGGGAGUAAAUGGGUUAAAUCAAUCAAUCUUUAAUUGAUGGUUAGGAGUGAACACAAAAUCAUUGUGUGAAAGGGAAGAGUCCUGAUAUAAUGUUUGUUUUCAUUCUGACCAAGAUUCUAGCUUUCAAACAGCACAAUUGGAUACAUCCAAUCAAAUUUGGUGUCAGCUUUUAUAAUUGAUUUUCUUGUGGAGGUACCUUCAGGGAAAUCAAAGGAAGAACUAAUGUAAUGCAGUUGAAUAUAACCAAGUGGAAAAAAGGUAUUUGAACAGAGGUUGUUUUUUAUGUGUGUAUUUAAACCUUUUCUGUGAUUUUCUUCGCAAGAUAAAAUUAUACAUUAAAUUAUUAAUCAUUCACAUUGGAUAAAUUUUGGAAUGGGAUGGUCUACCAGUCACUGAAAAAUGAACUACUUAAUAAAUCUUUUAAAAUCUUUUCCAGACUUUUAUAACCACUGAUUUCAUAAUCCAAACUCAAGUAAGGUUUGAUUCAAGAAAUAAGGUAUGUUCAGGGGAAUUUUUUUCGAGGGUUUACCCACAAAUAAGAUAUUCUUCAUUCAUACAGAACAGAUUUUGGCAAAGAUAAAUGCAUUAAAAGAAAGAUAUAGAUGGUUUCAAAAUAAUAAUCAUAAUUUAAGUUGGAAAAUGAGUAGAGUGAUAACAGU